GGCUUGGGUUCAACCCGGACGUUUACUAGUGUGCGGUGUGUUUACACAUGUUUUCAUGAUCUCACGUGUUGUACUAAGUUGUUGUUAUAAUAUAUUAUUAUCAUGUCCUCGAAGAAAAGUAAGAACAAACCCAAGCGGAGCAGCGAGGGGGACAGCUCCAACGACUCGUUUAUCCUCCAGAACCCGAGAGACGUCCACUCCUUCUCAGUGCAGGACUUCAUUGAUAAAGCAGACGACAGGACCCCCAGCAGGGCCAGGUGGGCUCUGGCUCAGGUGAGUCUGGGGUCCAUGAAGGCGACCGGCCUCUGCAUCGGCCGGCCGGCUCUGCUGACCACUGCCGCCGGACGCCAGGAGGUGUGUCUGGCCUGGCCUGUGGCCUCCUUCCCAGCUGCCAGGGUCGGCCUCCAGCGCAAUAUCCAGACCAGCCUGGGAGUGAAGCCUGGAGAUGGAUUAACGAUCUACCCAGUGACGGGGCCCCUGCUGCAGGCUCAGGAGGUGGUGCUGUCCCCCCGGCAGAAAGAUGAAACACUUGAAACAGAAGAGUUUAAGAACUAUUUCCUGCGGUCUUUGGAGGGCCGGGUGCUGCUCCCGGGCUCCCAGCUGUCCCUGACGUACUACGGCCGCGCCUGCAGCCUGCGCGUGGAGGAGGUGCGAGGGGAGGACGGAGCGCUGCUGCGGGGGCCCGCCACCGCGGCCCCUGGGCCCGACGCUGAGGACGGGGCCCCCGCGGACCCCUCGCUCCUGGGCUGCCCCUCCUCGGACCUCUCCCUGCAGCUCAGCCUGCUCACCGUGGAGGAGCAGCAGGAGGAGGCGCGCCCCCCCGUGGUCAGCACCCCGCUGCGACACACCGCCCUCCCCCGCGACCCUCUGUCACCUGUCAGUCAUCCUCCAAGACCCGCCGUCCUCCUCUCCCCCGUGCCCCCUCGACCCCCCUCCUCUCCCCCUUCACCCCCUCCCCCCGGCUCCCCUCCUCUGGUGGGAGGGGUGCGAGACCCCCCCGGGUCCAGGGUUCCCCCAGAGCCCCCUGCAGGCGGGCACCCCGCCUCUGGCGCCCCCUGGUGGCGUGCAGAGCUCCGACGCCUUCUACCACGCGUCUCCUGCGACACCGCCAUCGUCUUCGGGGACAGGAAGCAGCGAGGAGCGGCGGGGGAGGGGCCGGAGGUGGGGCAGGAAGCCCCCCAGGCCAACAAGGUCACCUACAGUAUGAUUGGCGGGCUGAGCAGCCAACUGGAGGCGAUCCGGGAGACCAUCGAGCUGCCACUCACACGGCCCGAGCUGUUCUCAAACUACGGUGAGCCCCCCCCAAGAGGAGUCCUCCUGUACGGGCCUCCGGGCACUGGGAAGACUAUGAUUGGACGAGCCAUAGCCAAUGAGAUCGGAGCCCACAUGACCGUCAUCAACGGCCCGGAGAUCAUCAGCAAGUUCUACGGGGAGACAGAGGAGCGGCUCAGACAUAUCUUCACCGAGGCGUCUCAGAGGAAGCCAGCGAUCAUCUUCAUCGAUGAGCUGGACGCUCUGUGCCCCAAGAGAGACGGAGCCCAGAGCGAGGUGGAGAAGAGGGUGGUGGCCUCCCUGCUGACCCUCAUGGACGGCAUCGGAUCAGUGAGUCUCUCUCUCUCUCUCCAGCUGGCCGGAGCGACAGCUGCUCGCGCCGCCUCAAUCUCGAGGGUCACCUGA